AUUCGACAAUAGUCACAUGAGGGGCAUCCAUAUAUGGAGGAGUAUGGCGUCAGAGACUCGCAAGUGAAUGGAGGAGGUACACCGAUGCGAGCGCCAUGUUCCCCUGCACCCAGGGAUGAGGUGCAUGAUGUGUUGGACGAGAUGGAGGGGAGCGAUAUAGGAGUUCAAGGUUGCGAUGUUGGUGAUAUGGGUGGCGGUGUGGACAUCGCAGGGGAGGAUGUGGUCAUGACGUCGCGUCGGGUGAGGGGUGGCAAUACACCUAUUCAGGGGGACGCUGGGAGAAAUAGGGGGAAGCGGAGGGUGAGGAAGGAGGACGUCAUGCCAACACAACCCGUGAAGAGGGUCCGCCAGACCAUGAUUAACGAGAUCUACGAUGCGGACAAGCAAGUUGUGUUUAGCGAUACGUUCUUGCAGUGCGUGGACGGCGUUGCCAUUUCGUUCCAUGCGUUCAAGAGACGGUCCUCGAGGAGGGUGAGGAAGGCAAAGGCAUCAGACUUGCCUCAAGGAGUGCGCCUGUGAUUUCCCUCCUUCGAGGAAUCGGGGGGGGUGGCGUCCCUUCGAGCGGGAGAAGGUGGCGUCCAUGCUACGGGAGGUUCAAAAGACAUUCAGUCACAGUGGCGCCUCCAUCUUGUCAGAUGGUAGGAAGUCGUGAGAUGCAUGGUCGAUCGUGAACUCCCUCGCUGCGGUCGACAUUGACACGCUCUUGUAUGGCAUUGUUUGUCGGGACGGCUCAGUUCCUUAGACGGGGCACAUUGUUCUUCGCAAGUGCAACGCCAUUACCCCGU